CGGACAUCCGCAGCAGUUCGGACGGAGAAGCGCACACCGGAGCACGUCGUCGUUCUUUCCUUUUUCGGGAAUAUUCUUCUUUAUAGACAUGGUGGCUUUUCUUUUUUAACCCCGGAUCCAGGAUUAUGUUAAAAUUAUCACCUUGUUAAAGGAUGCCGCGCAUUUCCCUAUAAAUAUUACGUGGUUCCGCAUUGCGCACCAGCCAUAUUUUGGAUUAACGUACAUUUCCUUUUUUUUUUCUUUUUUUUCUUCUUAUAAAUAAUUUGUUUGUAUAUUCCACAAGUUCUUCCUUCCGCACUUCUGGAUCCCCCGAUGAGAGAUCUCACCGGCGGCUUCAGGUUUUUACGCAGCGAGUCCCCGGAUCGUGACGCCCGCGGCGGUGUCCCCGGUCCCCGCCGAACCGGAGCGCAGAGUCCGAGCCCCGAGUCUUGUUGUCCCUGCCCGUUCGAGCCGUCGCGCCAGGACAAAAGACUCCCGGUCAGGAUUGUCAAGAUGUUGACGGCGCACAGCGGCCAUUUGCUCCACCCGGAGUACCUCCAACCUCUCCAGUCCGCUCCAGUCAGCAUCGAGCUGGAUGCCAAGAAGAGUCCUUUAGCUCUGCUGGCUCAGACCUGCUCUCAAAUUGGCAAACCGGAGCCUGCCUCCUCUUCCAAGCUGGCCUCCCUCUCCUCAGGCAGUUUGGCAGACAAGGACUCUUCAAGCCGGUCCUCCAAGCCCGGAGAGCAGCACCAGUCCUCCGAGGACAAAUCCAGCUUCAAACCUUACUCCAAGUCGUCGGGCGACGGCCGUAAAGAAGUUCAAGGAUCGAAGGGGACUUCGGAAAAACCCUUCAGAGCGGCCAAUGGGAGCUUAAAUAAUGGCAGCGGCUCUUGUUUGUCUUUUCCUCCCCAUUCCAAAUCACCGAGCUCCCCUGCGCCGCACGCACAGAACCAGCCUCACAGACAGAGCCAUUCCCCCUCCACACAGCCGCUGCCACACUCUCAGGACAGCAAACCUGCCAGUUUAGAGCAAGCCUGUUCAGACAUUAAUGGUGCUGAUAAAAAAGACUCGGAUGCGACUAAGUCGAGCGUGGACGGCGCUCAUUUGGCCAACUCCAGCCACAUGCGAGCCAGCGCCAAUUCCAGUAACGCCAGCUCUGCCAGCAGUCCGCGGCCUGAGAGCAAGGCCGACCCGCAGGCCUCGUCUCAGGCAAACCUGGUCUCCUCGCACAUUGCCCCGGUCUCCCCUUUCAAACAAGGACAUUCCGUCUUCCCAUUGCCUCCGGCGUCUAUGGGCUACCACGGUUCUAUCGUGGGAGCCUACGCGGGUUACCCCUCGCAGUUUGCUUUGGAUCAUACCAAGACUAGUUUGGGGUUAGGACUUCCAAGUAAACACCCCAGUUCUAGUCCGCCAUCGUUGAUGCAGGGCUUGUGUCGGGACCCUUACUGUCUGACGUACCCCAACGCACAUCACUUAGGAGGAAGUAACUGUUCCACCUGUGUCCAUGACCCCUCCAGCCUUAAGUCGGGUUUCCCCCUAGUCUACCCAUCACACCACCUGCACUCUUUGCACUCCAACGCCUUGUCUUCCAGCACCACCCCUUCCCUCUCACACCCCCUCUACACAUAUGGUUUCAUGGUCCCCAAUGAGUCCCUACCCCACGCAUGCAACUGGGUGUCUGUGGGAGGCCCUUGCGACAAGAGGUUCUCCACGUCCGAGGAGCUGCUGGCCCACUUGCGUACCCACACAGCUCUGCCAGGGAUGGUGGACAGCAAGCUCUUGUCAGCCUAUCCUUCUUCCAUUUCAUCCACAGCCUCUUGCCAUCUUCAUCUGCCACCACACAGCAGCCCAGGCUCCCUGCCCAGCUCCUUCGCUCUCAGAGGAUCCCCUGGUUUAGGCCUGGCUCGCUACCACCCCUACAGCAAAUCCCACCUGCCUGGAGCCCCCGGGCUUCCCAUGCCAUCCCUACCCUCCUCAUCAGCCUACUACUCCCCCUACGCGCUCUACAGCCAGAGACUGGGCUCAGCUUCAGCCCUUGGAUACCAGUGAUGUCAUAAAUAACGUCCGCAGACCGGCUUGAACUCUCCAGAGCGACCCCCCCUCCGAAGAUAGAUUCUAGAGAGCGGUUUCGUUUGGAAUACCACCUGUUAUAUAGCCUCAAAACUGGGACUAGUGCUCCGAAGGCAAAAGUGAUGGAUUAUAAUACCACACGGAGUCAGAAUAGAUUUAAAGAUAUUAAUCAUACCAAUAAGCAGAGCUUGAACAUGAUGGUUUUGUUUUUCACCCAGAACUGAAAGUCUGUAUUUAUUUUUCACACAAAUGCUUGCAAUUCAACUCUGGGGUGCAUUUUUACCGUCCAAAUACAUAAAAAAUACAAAAAACAUUACCAUAAUG